CAAAAAACGAACGGUGGCCACACAACGUUGGCGCUUAAAUCCAUACCGCCUCGACACCCCAGCUCAUCUACAUACUCGCCGUGACUUGGCUGCAAAUCCACUUCGAAAAACGUCGUAACAUGUCUGCAAAGACGGCCGGGACGCUGCCAGAUGGGCCGGAUUACCUCCAUCUCCUCCUGAUCCUCUACGGGUCGGCGAAGGGCGACUCCUCAUCCGACGAUCGCUUUGGUCAAGACCAGAGGCGCGCCGAGGUCGAUAUUCGUCUCAAGCUGCCCCGCGCAGGCAUGCGCCCGCCAGAGAUCGAUAGCUAUGCGCGCGAGUUUGUCGGGCUCAACUACGCCAGCAUCAAGCACACGCAGAAGUGGCACUGCGAGUUCUGCGACAAACCAGCGCGGAUGUCCCAGCAGGACGCGGCGAGCUGGUCGCACCUCAAGCCGCCCCGCUCGAACCUCUACUUCCACUUCGUCUGCGACCCCAGCACGGGCCCGUGCGCCGCGCAGCUGCGUUCAGCGCACAUCCAGAUGGCAAGCAUGACCGGCCGUCCGCCGCAGCCGCCUGGCCCGCGCGAGAACCCGCUCGACUUCCCGCCCAUGGCCGUCUGCGCUGGGUGCCAGCGCGAGGAAACGGUGGACGUGCCCACGAAAAAGUGUAGUGGGUGUGAUUUGACGAGGUCGGUGGAUGAUUUUAAGAACCACUGGCGCGAGCAUAAGGCGUUCUGCAAGACGCCGAAGACGGUCAAGUGGGUGUGGCCGUAGAGAGUGGGUCCUCAUGCUGCAGGGUUGCCGCGCUCUCUGCGGCGCGGUCUAUGGACUAUUCAAAACGUCGCGGAAGCUUGAGGUAGUCCAAUACAG